UAGGGGAGGGGCAGAGAAAGAAGGAGACACAAUACUAAGCUGGCUCCGGGCUCCAAGCUGUCAGCACAGAGCCUGACACGGGGCUCCAACUCACAAACCAUAAGAUCAUGACCUGAGCCAAAGUCAGACACUUAACUGACUGAGCCACCCAGGUGCCCCUAGAUGAGAAUUUUUACUAUAAAAAUAAUAUAAUGCAAAUAUUAAAAGAAAAAUGAGAUGAGAUGACUGUGCACAAUGUAAUAACUGGCAAGACUAUUUCAACCAAGAGAGAAAACAAAAAAGGUCAAAAAGAAAAAUAACAGACAUUUUAUCCCAUAUAAAAUUUAAAAAUAUUUGCAUAGGAAAAGAUAUCAAAUUCAAUAGGCAAACAUCAAGUGGGGGAAGAAUUUCAUCACAUGUAGCAGUUAAUGGAUUAAUAUCAAUAAAAUAUUUAAAAAUCUAAUCACUUGAUAUGCCAAUAGAAGAAAAAGAUAGGGGUGCAGGAUGGCUCAUUUAAGCAACUGACUCUUGAUUUGGUUCAGGUCAUGAUCUCAUGAUGGGUGAUAUCAAGCCCUGCAUCCCCACUGACCAUGUGGAACCUGCUUGGGAUUCUGUCUCCCUCUCUCUCUGCCCCUCUCCUGCUUGUGCUGUCUCUAAAUAAAUAAAUAAGUAAAUAAAUAAAUAAAUAGCAUUUUUUAAAGAAGAAAAACAGGAUAAAAUGUAAUUUGGGUGGGCAACUUAUGGAAAAGCAAAUCCAGUUGGCCAACAGCAUGUAACAAGGUGCUGAAAUUAAUUAUGCUAGGGAAAUGCAGAUGUAAGUAACAGUAGGAUACCGUGUUACGUACCUUUGACAGGCAAAAAGUUAGAAGUACAGUAACUGGAAUUGCUGAGAAGGAUAGCAAAAAUGAAUACUUUCAUGUGUUGCUAGUGGAAAUGUGAAAUGUUCCAGACUUUUUAGAAAGCAAUCAGGCAACAGCUACUAAAAUUUAAAUUCUUCUCUUGGAAUUUUUGGAAUUAUUCAUUGCAGCACUGAUGAUCGUAGACACCUCCCCAUCCAGGAAAAAAGUGAAAUAAGUAAGUAUCCCUUAAAUGGGCAGUGUUUGAAUACACACAGUAUUUGCUUAUAAAAUAUUCAGCCGUCACUUAAAAGAAUGAAUUAUAACUCUACCAUUUGGCACAUAUAUUCAUUAUGAAUUGCUAAUUAAGAAUAUCAAAAUGCAGAGGAGUAUAUAAAUACGAUGCCAUUUUUGUCAAACAUUGGCCAAAAAGUUCAUGUGUAUGUAUAAUUAUAUAUAUGCUCAUGUACGCACCUGCAUAACACAAUGCCAAAGCAUAACAGAGUCUUGUAUUAUCUUAAAUCCAGAAACUUUUAUGUGAACUUUUAUUUUAUUUAUUUUUUAAUUUUUUUUUAAGAGAGAAAGCUUGCAAGUGGAGGAGAGGGGCAGAGGGAGAAAGAGAGAGAAUCUUAAGGCUCCAUGCUCCUCGUGAAGCCAGAUGUUGGGGUCAGGGGCUCAAUCCCACAAUCCUGGGAUCAUGACCUGAGCCGAAAUCAAGAGUCCGAGGCUCUACUGACUGAGCCACCCAGGUGCCCCAGGUGCACUUUUAUUUUUAUACCUCCUCAUAUACCAAGAUUUUUUAUGGUGUUGAGAAACAGAGGGUUUUAGCUGGGGGUUGGUGGGAAGAUUAAAAGGAGCAUUUCACAUUUAAGAAUAAUUAAUAGAUAUCUUGUUUGGGAAAUUUCUUUUGGGAAAGUGGCCAGGAUUCAUGGCAUCACCUAUUGAAUAAGGUGUCUCCUAAUUAUCCAGCCAUAUUGUGCCUUCUGCCUAAGCCUUCACAGCUGGUUAGGUUCUGAAACAAGUUACUACAGCUGACCAAACCAGUGACUCCAGUGAAAACUUUAUAGUGCCUCUCUCUGUCAACAUAUUCAUAUCAUCAAUUUGUUAUCUAAAUGGAAAGUCCCAUUUUUAUCCUUCAGUGGAUCUGUCUUCUCCAUGUGGGUUGUUGGAGACGGAACCAUUGCAAGGGCGAGAUGAAGACACAGUAGCCAGUGCGGACUUCUCUAGCAUGCUGUCUGAGGAGGAAAAAGAAGAGUUAAAGGCAGAAUUAGUUCAGCUAGAAGACGAAAUUACAACAUUACGGCAAGUUUUAUCAGCAAAAGAAAGGCAUCUGGUUGAAAUAAAACAAAAGCUGGGCAUGAACCUGAUGAAUGAAUUAAAACAGAACUUCAGCAAAAGCUGGCAUGACGUGCAGACCUCUACUGCCUACAAGAAAACACAUGAAACCCUGAGUCACGCAGGGCAGAAGGCAACUGCGGCUUUCAGCAAUGUUGGGACGGCCAUCAGCAAGAAGUUUGGAGACAUGAGGUCUCACUCCAUCGGCUACUCCAUUCGCCAUUCCAUAAGUAUGCCUGCUAUGAGGAAUUCUCCUACUUUCAAAUCAUUUGAGGAGAGGGUUGAGACAACUGUCACAAGCCUUAAGACGAAAGUAGGCGGGGCGAACCACGGCGGAGGCAGCUUUGAAGAGGUGCUCAGCUCCACGGCGCACGCCAGCGCGCAGAGCUCGGGGGGCGGGCCCCGGCGGGCCGAGGAGGAGGAGCUGCAGUGCUAGGGCCGCCCCCUGCAGCCGCCGCCGAGCCCCGCCCCCGCCCAGCGCGCCCUCGGAUGCGGCGACCAAACACCCACUGCGAAAAACCCAGGCCUUGACCUGUUCUUCGAAUGGCCCCACCGCGGAGUUUCAUAAAAUGAUUUCCAUUUUGUAUGUGUGCUAAUGAUGAACCACUUGACCAUCACACUUAAGUAUUCGUAGAUUGUCAUAAUUUAAAAUAUCCCCACUUCAGCAGGUACACAAUUGGCCAUACCUUUGUCUUUGUGUAAUUCAACAUGUAUUUCCAUAGCUAUUAAUGACCUGCUUUGAUUUUUGCUUGGACUUAUGAUGUGCAUGUUUUUGAAGGCUGAGGGUGAGCACCCCCUUUCAGUUCAGUCACAUGGGCGGGAUGGAGCUCUUUCUGAGAAGUCUGCAGCAACGGGAUGGACUCACUGCAAGUUUCAUCAAACUGCUUGUGAUCGCCCUCACUUGCAUCAAUUAUGUAUGUUUAUUUUAAGCAAUUAAAAUCGAUUUUAAUGAUGA